UCCUCACAAACCGCCGCUGCUAGCUCGGCUAUCCCCCGCACACCGGCUGCUGCAGGGUGACACUCCCCCCUUCCCAAUCCCCAUCUCUGCGCGGGGCUCGAGGCCGCGCUGCGGGCCGUCAACGCUCCUCGUCGCUGCGCGUAAGGAGCGCGGCCGGCGGCGAAAGGGGCGGCCGGUGAGCGCGGCGCGGGGCGGAGCGGAGCAGGGACGACGAGGAGGAGGAGGAGAAGGAAGGAGGAGGAAGACGAAGAAGAAGGAGGAGGAGGAGAGGAGAGCGCGCGGCACGCGGGACGUGUCUGCGCGCACCCUCCGCGUUCUCAGCAGGAUGAAGAUGGUCGGUGCCCUACUGAUUGCACUCUGGCUGGGGUUGGUCACCCUUGGCAGGGGCUCAGAGCGCUGUGAUGACUGGGGUGUGGACACCAUGAAGCAGAUCCAGAUUUAUGAUGGGGAACCUGCCAAGAUCAAAUGCCCACUUUUUGAGACCUUUUUGAAGUACAACUACAGCACAGCCCAUUCUGCUGGCUUAACCCUAAUCUGGUACAGGAUUGGGCAGGAUCGGGAUCUGGAGGAGCCCAUUAAUUUUCGUCUCCCAGACAAUCACAUCAGUAAGGAGAAAGACACGCUCUGGUUCUGGCCUGCUCUUCUCAACGACACUGGCAAUUACACAUGUAUGCUGAGAAAUACAACAUACUGCAGCAAAGUCGCAUUUCCUUUGGAAGUUGUUCCAAAAGACCAACACUCUUGUGUAAGCCAUUCAGUGAAACCCAUUGAGCAGAUGUUCUACUUGGAGGACGUCGGCAAGAUCAUAUGUCCAGAUAUUGAUGGGUUUUACCCUGCUAGUGUAACACCAACUGUCAAGUGGUACUUGAACUGCAACUUGGUGGAUGGCUUCUAUGAGCGGUACCCAGAAGGACCCAAGCUUCAUAUCGGCGUUGUCCGCAGUGUGUAUAAAGGGAAUUACACUUGUAUUGUGACAUUCAAGGACCAUGGAAGAACAUAUAAUCUCACCAGAACCAUAAAGAUGAAGGUAGUGGGAUCUCCUAAGAAGGCCUUGCCACCACAGUUCACCUCUCCAAAUGAGAAAGUGGUCUACGAACUGGAAGCAGGAGAUGAUCUUGUUCUGCCUUGUGAAGUCUUCUUCACCUUCCUGAAGGACUCUCGAACUGAGGUGUGGUGGACUGUAGAUGGGAAAAACACCGAUGAUAUCGCAGACCCCAAUAUAAAAGUCACACAAAGUGAAAUUACUAGAGAUUUUGAAGACAAAACUAUCAUAAGGACCCUAACAGUUGCAAAAGCCACACCAGAGGACUUGAAAAGGAAUUAUACUUGCUAUGCCAGAAAUGCCAGAGGCGAGGACCAUAGCCAGGCCAUAGUGCGCAUGAAAGUUGUAGCACCGAAGUACACCGUGGAGUUGGCCUGUGGACUGGGGGCAACCAUCCUGCUCAUCGUGGUGCUGAUAGUCAUCUAUCAUGUUUAUUGGCUUGAAAUGGUCCUCUUCUAUCGAGCUCAUUUUGGAACAGAUGAAACCAUUCUAGACGGGAAGGAAUACGACGUGUACGUGUCUUACGCUCGCAAUGCAGAGGAGGAGGAAUUUGUGCUGCUGACACUACGAGGAGUCCUGGAGAAUGAGUUUGGGUACAAGCUGUGUAUCUUCGACAGGGACAGCCUUCCCGGGGGAAUUGUCACAGACGAAACCCUGAGCUUCAUCCAGAAAAGCCGACGUCUGCUUGUUGUCCUGAGCCCCAACUACGUCUUGCAGGGGACACAGGCCCUGCUGGAGCUCAAGGCUGGUCUAGAGAAUAUGGCCUCCAAGGGCAGCAUCAAAGUCAUUCUAGUGCAGUACAAAGCCAUCAAGAAGAGCAAAGUGAAGGAGCUGAAGCAGGCCAAGGCGGCUUUGACUGUCAUUAAAUGGAAAGGCGAGAAAUCCAAGUUCCCCAAGGGCGGGUUCUGGAAGCAGCUGCAGGUGGAAAUGCCAGUGAAAAAAAUUAGCAGGAGUUUGAGCCUUGAGGGGCUCAUACUGAAAAAUGAAAUGAAAAAGCCUUGAAUGCUUGACACUAUCAGAAAACAAAACAAAACACACCCCCAAAAGCCACAAGUUAGGCCAGGAAGCAGGGAGGAACUUGUGUUUUUGCCAUGAAGGACUGUCCUCCAAGCAUUUUGGAGUACUGUAAUGCCUCCCUGCAGCUCUUCUACUGCCCUGGCAGUAGAGAAAUCAAAGAUGCAUACAUUUCCUCCCUGCAAGUGCCUAUCUUUGUCAUCAGCCACACAAGCCCUGGGUUCAAGGUCUAAAUUUGAGCUAUCCAGCCAGCACCUUGUGAUAGCAUGGUAUUUGUACAGGCCAGUACUCCUAGACCUAGUUCCUAUGGGACCUUUCUUGGCAUCCAGGACAGAGGUCCUUUCCUCUCCAAAGUGACUCUACUCCUGCCUGGUCCCUGUUUCAGAGGCUGGGGAACAGUUUGAAAGGUGGCUCCAAUAUAGAGCCUUUCAUACAUGUCACAGCCAUAUUGUCCUGGUCACUGUGGAGUCACAGAUUUGAGCUUCAGGGGGAGGGGGAGCGUAGACUCCUGAGACUCCUCAUCUUUGCUCCCCACAUUUCUGUAGGAGCAGGGCAGGUGCCUUCAGUUAGUUUGGCCAUAUGAAAUGGCUGUUACAAAAACAUUUUUAAGAAAAAAAAGCUCUUUUUUUUCUUUUUUAAAGAAGCUCUGUUAGGUGUUAUUUGUACUGUGUUGUUAUUUGUAUUGUAGUAUUUCUACUAACAAGUGGUCAGCCUCUGGGACUCUGUGGUCUCCCGAGUAACCCAGGUCCUUUGGGGCUAUAGUACUCAUAAUCUAGGGGAGCUCUUUUGUUAGUAGAGGCCAAGGCAUGUCUGAGACGUGCUUCUUUGCAGAAUAAACUCAGGGACUUCACAAGCACUGCAAGGAACCCCAAUUUACUGCUGAACCUGCCUACUGUCUCCGUGGUGUUGGCUGGGGGGACAGCAUUAUGUAAGGUGCUGCAGAGGCCUCUGGGCUGACGCUAGAUAGAUGUCCAGCUCCCCAGGAGACCCUGCCAACUUAUUUGAACUUGUUAAAAACUACUAGCUCUACCCAACUGGGUAAGACUAUGAGGAAAGGCUGAGAGAGUUGAGGUUUUUCAGCCUGGAGUGGAGAAAGCUCUGGGGAGACCUUAUUGUGGUCUUUUGAUACUUAACUUACAAGAAAGAUGGGGACAGACUUUCGUAGGGGCUGUUGCAAGUGGACUAGAGGUAAUGGCUUUAAACUAAAAGAGGGUAGAUUCACACUGGAUUUGAGGAAGAAAUUUUUAACAAUGAGAGCAGUGAAACACUGGAACAGGUUACCUAGAGAGGAGGUAGAUGCCUCAUCCCUAAAUACAUUCAAAAUCAAGUUGAACACGGCUCUGAGCAACCUGAUCUAGUUGAAGAUGUCCCUGCACACUGCAGAGGAUUUGAUUUAGAUGAUCUAUAAAGAUCUAUUCCAGCUAAAACUAUUCUAUGAAGACUCAGUGUUCUCUGCCUGGCUGUGAACAACAUCACCGUGCGUAACUCCAGGCUCAUGUUUAAGUUAGCCUUGGCUUUACAAAGGGAGUCUCCUCUCAUCUUGUUUCCAUCCCAGUGUUGCAGAACAGAGGAUGUAUCUCAGCUUCUGCAACCUUUGCACAAAAUGGAAAUAUAAGAAACCACUGUUUCAAUGGGAAGUAUCGGGCACAGGAGAGGAACUGGUGAGUUCUGGGAAAGAAUAACCCCUUGUACCAGUACAGGUUGGGGAAUGAACUGUUAGAGAGUAAUGUAGGGGAAAGGGACCUUGGGGGUCUUGGUAGGCAGCAAGAUGAGCAUGAGCCAGCAAUGUGCCCUCGUGACCAAGAAGGCCAAUGGCAUCCUGAGGUGUAUUAGAAGGGCUAUGGUUUGUAGGUUGAGAGAGGUUCUCCUCCUCCUCUACUCUGCCCUUGUGAGUCCACCUCUGGAAUAUUGUGUCCAGUUCUAGGCCCCUCAGUUCAAGAAGGACAGGGAGCUGCUGGAGAGAGUUCAGUGUAGGGCCACCAAGAUGAUGGAGUGGAGCAUCUCCCUUAUGAUGAAAGGCUGAGGGAGCUGGGGCUCUUUAGCUUGAAGAAGAGAAGACUUGAGAGAUGACUUCAUUAAUGUUUACAAAUAUGUAAAGGGUGGGUGUCAGGAGGAUGGAGCCAGGCUGUUCUCAGUGAUGGCCAAUGAUAGGACAAGGGAAAAUGGGUAUAAACUGGAACACAAGAGGUUCCAGAGAAACACAGGGAAGAAAUUCUUCACUGUGAGAGAGAGGGAGCACUGAAACAGGCUGCCCAGAUGGGAUGUGGAGUCUCCUUCUCUGGAGACAUUCAAAACACACCUGGAUAAGUUCCUCUGUGACCUACUAUCCUGCUCUGGCAGCGGGGUUGGACUAGAUGAUCUUUUGAGGUCUCUUCCAACCCUUAAGAUUCUGUGAUACUGUGAGUUAACCCCCAGCAGGCAGGCUUUCAGACCAAGGAGGGGAUUGCCCUUUCUGAUGUCAGACAAUACAAAGCACAGUGGGACCCUGGCAUUGACUGGUACUGUUGUUCACAACAUUUUCAUGUAGAACUACAAGCUCUGGGGGUGUCUCCAUACUCCUGUAGCUCUUAAUUGCAAGGACCUGUCCACUUAAGUGUGGAAUUCAGUAUUAUGCACACAAAGGGCAUGCUUAUUUUCGUUGAUAAUGUUUGUUCCUGAGUCAUUGCUGACUCAUGCUUUUGCUCUGUUGGUGUCCAACAGGUGAAGCUUAUCCUUCCAUAAUGGCAUUAAAAAAGCACAACAAUUUGGAGUCUAUGCACUAUAGGCAAGUUUGAAGGUGUCCCUGCAAACAGCCCAGGCUUAAAGGUGCGGGGCUGAAAACUGGCAUCAGUAAAGCCCCUUGCUCUUGGCAUACUAGGAUUAAUAAUGUUAUUUCAGGGUAGUGGGGAGCUGCAACAACCCAUGCCAUUAGGCAGGUACUGUACAAAUGUGGAACAAAUGGAGUUUCUCUCUUACCUUCUUCUUCAUCUUCCCUCCCACAAGUAAGCUUUACUUUAAGCAGGUAAAAUUGCAGUCAGCCUCCCUGAAGGCAGUGGAGCUUCUCAUCUGCUCAGGGGUGCUUAAACAGUUUGCUGUUAUGAGGUUUUCUACUGUGGCUGUCUGAAGAGGGACAGAGCUGCCUCCCACACUCCAGAAAGCUUAAUUUAUAUGAGAUAGCACCCAAAACUACACUCAGCUUUGUGAACCCAUUGCAACCAUGUUGUUUUGCCCAGCCUCACCUUUUUUGUGUUUUCAGCAUCUCUGUAAUUGGCUGCCAGAUCUGCAGGCAGCAAGAAGACCCUGAGGCCAAAGCAGAACUGUGUUAGAUUCCAAUUUUCUUUUUAAAAAAUUGACUCAAAAAUAGGCAUAAAUUCAAUUAACAUCCCAGACCUCACCCCAUCACAUCUCAACUGUUGGCCGAGGUAACAGGAGAACUUCUGCUGAUGGUUUAGUAAGUCUGAUUAUUUCAGGAAGAUAAAUCCACCUCAUUUGUUUUGCUGAUUAUAUUCAAAUUGUUCUCCAAAUAAGUAAUAAACUCAAACUUUCUCUGGCAUACAUAGCAGUGGCCCUUGGUGCAGCCCUAGAACAGGACUACUGAGAGAUAUCAGCAGAGCAUCCCACAAGGCAAAAGGUGUGAUGGCCUGAAGGGGCCCGAGAGACCCAGAGGGAGCAAUGUGGAAGGAACAGCGCUGGGUGCUUUAGCACUGGCUUUUCUGGGAGCUCUUGGGCCAGGGUUAAAGCCCAAUGCAAAGCUGUAAUGCAGAUCUACACAGCACCUCAGCUAUGCCAUUUCAUCCCGUUUCCAUUGUGGGAUUCUGUCGCAGCAUCUGUCUAGUUCAGUUGAUUCAUUUGAGUUUCUGUGCUCUAACCUAACAUUUAUCAAUAUGCAGCUCAUACAAAGUUCCUCAUUGUUAUUUCAUGGGAAAACAGCGUGGCACAAAUUGGAAAAAAUACCUUCCCCUGCCCAUGCCAUUUGAUGUUGAACAGCUGUUCCAGAGUUUUCCCUUCUCUUUUCUGUAUGUUUUUGCCCUUGUGUUAUUUGGUCUGUGAUGUGUCAGUAUUCUUUUAUUUUACUUUUCAAUAAAACAUUCUCACUUUUGCA